AUGCACUUCAGGGAGCCAUCACUCGAGGAUAAGAAGGCCUUCUUCCGAGAGCUUGACCAACUGAGCAAGUUGAGCGACUCGGGUGGCGAAGAUAUCGAUGGGGUUGGGGUUCAUGACGAGACCGAAAAGGACAGGCAACGAUGGAAGCAAGCUCUCCGGUCAAGAACCAAAAGAGCACCGAAGAAGGCUCUCAUCUCUUCUUCGUCCAGAGAGAAUAUUCGAUCCUCACCAUCUCCAGCAGUAGCAGUAGACUCCUCUCGACCAGCGACAACUCCCAUUCUUGAAAGAACCCCGCUGGCCAAGAUCAACAGGCCGGCGAGCAGAUGCGGUGAUGCAGUCCAAGACGAAGAUGGCCGGGGUCCAAGUACCACCGGUGAAUCGCGCAUCCCAGACUCCACGCGUGCAUCUUCUCGCCGGCUACGUCUAUCCAGGACCAUCUCGGCACCGGCGCCGACACCGACUCCGAAUCCGAAUCCGCUGGCUAGACAGCUCUUCCCUCCCCGUCUGGUCGGUUCAGCCACAUUCCCGGCCGCAGCCGCAGCCACAUCCACGAACCCGAAGAAGCGGAAGAGGGACGCCGCCAUCAAGCUCGUUCCCGAAAACCAACAAAUAUUCAAGGGCUUUUCCUUCUACUUCAUCCCCAACGACGACAUCGCCCCUGCCAGACGGAUCCGCAUCCGCAAGGCCCAGGAGCAUGGUGCUACUUGGACGAGAGCUCUGAAGCAGGCUUCGCACAUCAUUGUAGACAAGAGCCUCUGCUGGAAGAACAUCGAACCUAUCCUUUCGUCCGCUAACGGCGCCCCGUCGGCCGUCCUGGUCAACGAGACCUAUCCUUUGGACUGCGUCGAGUUCCGAAACUUGCUGAACCCCAACCAGAACCAGUACUACGUGACAGGUUUUCCGGACUUGUCGUCGAAAAAGCAGCCUCUGGUGGAGUCUGCUGAGCCCUCGCCCCCCGCCGACUCCUCCCUCCCACUGAAACCUGCUCCCAAUAAUCCGAAGCGCUGUGAUUAUGUACCACCUCCAGGGACUCCGUCUAGGGACGAGGAGUCGAUGGAGAAGAGCGACAGGGAAGAAGGUCGGGAAGAAGAUGGCAGCUCAUCGCAACUCUGGCCCAGCACUUCCACGAAUGGUAUCUCUGGAGUGGAACGGCGAGGUUCUAGAGACCAGGAACGAGGCAACAGAACAUCCGAAUCAGGACCUAUACAACGGGAUGACGAGCUAUCCGAGUACAUCUCCCAAAUGCAGCAGCUGAGAGGUUUGCCGUUGGAGGAAGACGAAGAGGAAGCCGGUCCCCACGACGCAUCGGAGCAAGCCGCAAGCUCGGAUGACGGCUCGGCGGAUGAUCGCAGUCCCAAGAAACAAAGACCGACCAGGUCCAGCAACCGUAAGGACAUCACCUGGGAAGACAGGUUCGCCUGCCACAGGGCCGGCACCAAGGUCGGCCACCGGGAAAACCCCAACGCCCGCACCAUCGAGGUGCUCCAACAUAUGUGCGACUACUACAGCCGAACCAACGACACCUGGCGCCCCAUCGCCUACCGCAAGGUCAUCUCCCUCCUCAAACGCCAGCGCACCAAGAUCACCACGGCCGCGCAGGCCAUCCGGCUCCCCGGCGUCGGCACGCGGCUCGCCGACAAGAUCGAGGAGAUCGUCGCCACCGACAGGCUGCAACGGCUCGAAAACGCGUCCAAGGACCCCGCCGACGAGGCCCUGCAGCUGUUCCUGAAGAUCUACGGCGUCGGGACCGCCCAGGCCGCCCGCUGGGUGGCCCAGGGGUACCGGACCCUCGACGACCUCCGCGCGAAGGCCAGGCUGUCGGCGAGCCAGCGGGUCGGCAUCGACCACUUCGACGACCUCAACACGCGCAUCCCGCGCUGGGAGGUCGAGGCCCUGGCGUCCGUCGUCCGCGCCGCCGCCGCGCAAGUGGACCCGAACAUGGGCCUCAUCGUCGGGGGCAGUUACCGCCGCGGCGCCGAAUCGAGCGGCGACAUCGACUUCAUCCUCACCAAGCCCGGGACCUCCUCCGCGGGGGAGCUCUUCCCGUUGCUGCGCGCCCUGACGCAGGCCCUGGAGGCGCAGGGCUUUCUCGUUGCGACAUUGGCGGCCACACGGCAUCGCCAUGCGGGGGACGGCGGCGGCGGCGGCGGCGGGAAAUGGCACGGGUGCUGCGUUCUUCCCUUGUCCGUGGCAAGCCGCUACAGGAAAAGCACCAAUGUCAAUGCCAAUGUAACUGACGGCGACAACACUACUGCCACCACCGAGUCCCGGCCGCCGAUCUGGAGGCGCAUCGACUUCCUGGUCGUGCCCGAGACGGAACUGGGCGCCGCCCUCAUCUACUUCACGGGCAACGACAUUUUCAACCGCAGCAUGCGUCUCCUCGCCUCCAGAAAGGGCAUGCGCCUCAACCAGCGGGGGCUGUACCGGGAUGUGCUGCGGGGUCCUGGCCGCGCCAAGGUCACGGACGGGGAGUUGGUCGAGGGCCGCGACGAGAGGCGCAUCUUUGACAUUUUGGGUGUUCAGUGGAGGGAGCCGCAUGAGCGGUGGUGUUGAUUCCCUU